CGUCAGUCUGAUGCAGGGCUUGGUGGUGUGUGCAUGAGUGUAACAGCUGAAGGAAUAGUAGUAGUAAUAAUGUACAAGGCUCGCGUUAUCUAUACUCGUGCUGUCCUGUCAUUGCGUUUAUACUUGCCCAGUCUUCCCACCCCAGACGGUCGCUCCUCGCCUCUGUCAUAUCUCUCAGUCCAUUCCUGAGUGGGAAGGGGGUACUGUCUCUUUUUGUGUCUGGGGUUGUGCGUGUUUUGCUGCUAUUGCCCUCCGGGUUAUAAUCAUCACCGCUAUCUUUUUCCUCUUUAGCUCAGUUACACACACACACACACACACACACACACACACCUCCACCACUACCUGAACUCUUCUUUUUCUUAUUCUUUCUUCUUUUUCUUCUUCUUUUCUUCUUUUUUUUUCUUCUUCUUCUUCUUCCUCUUCUUCUUCUUACUACUACUACUACUACUACUACUACUACUACUACUACUACUACUACUACUUGUUUGCUCUCUCAUACUCAAGUGGCACAUAGUUAAUAUUAGCAAACCUGACUUCUGUUCUAACAAUACGCAUAUAAAAAAAAAAAAGUCGUUCGUGGGAGUUAUGAAGAAAUUGAUUGUAAUUUUACGAAUCCAAUGAAAGAAAAGAAAGAAAUGCGGAAAAGAAGAAAGUAACAAGGAAAGAACGAAGGAAAAAACAAACAGGAAAAGAGUUAAAUCAAAAGAAGGAAGGAAAAGAACAUAAGAAUAGAAAAAAAGUAAAACAACAGAAAAAAAGGGAAAAAAGAAGAAAAAAUCUUGAGAAUAAACUAAAAGAACAAAAACAAGGAAUAAUAAAACAAAACAAUGGCAGAAAGAAAAAUAUAUGGAAUAAUUAUGUGUGUGUUUGUGUGGACUUCACUAAUCAGCACCACCACCACCACCACCACCACCACCACCACCACUACUACCACCACCACCACCACCACCACCUGCUCAUGUGUCUCUCAUCUGGUCUAUGAAUUGAUUAUAAAUAGCAAUUUGUCACCUGUCACCUUUAUAUUUGAUGAAGACCAAGAUGAGUUUUCCGCGGCGUGUGCUGUAGCCUCAGGUCUGUACUUAAAGUUGUGGGCAAGUGGGCGGACAACCAACGCACACACGCAGCCGCACUCUCUCCACUCAGACGAACCCGAAGCAUCCGCUUACUCCCACGCCUUUGUCCUCGCCUACAGCAAUGCCACGCGUGUCUGGCUGGACGAGGCCAGCAGAAAGGAAGUGCUGGACGACACGCACUGGUUUAUCCUCGCCAAGCCGUCAGACACGCCCACGCUGCUUGCCCACGCCCGCACCCUCAACAUUUACAUAAACUCUGAGUUCCUGUUCGCAUCUUACGACACCUGCCCGCGGCUCAUCAAGGUGAUGGCGGCUUACAGGGUGGGGCCGAAGGCAGGGUUGUUGGUGGAGGCUGCCGGAGAGUGGACGCCAAGGGGAGGGUACACGCCAGUCACCACCAACAAGAUUGAGAGGCGCGGCGACUUCCAGGGGUAUCCGAUGAAGGGCGUGGGCGUGAAGGUGUUUGAGUUCAUGACGACCUACAUCACUGAGAACAAAAUCACAGGUUUCGCUGGGGACACCAUCACUGCUCUGAAGAACCUGCAUAAUUUCUCGCUGAGUUACAAGGUGCUGAAUGGUUACGCUUACGGGAAGCUGAAGGAAGGCUCCAAUAACGAGUGGACGGGCAUGGUGGGGGCGCUACAGACUAGGGAGGUGGACCUGACUGUGUCCCUGCUGUCCCUCACCAAGGAGCGGCAGGAGGUGGUCACCUACACGCAGCCCAUUAAUGUCCUGAGCCGCAAGCUCUUCGUGGCCACUCACGAGGAUUUCGCCAAGAAGAUGCUGGCCUACACCUCGCCGAUGGACACGCUGCUGUACUGGUGCAUCGCCGCCAACAUGGUGCUCCUGGCGGCGGCCCUCUUCCUCAUCGAGAGGCUCCAGCACUCCUACGACUUCAUGCAGGAGGAGCCCGUCACCAUGGGCGUCGCUACCUGGUACAUGCUGUCGGCACUCCUGCAGCAAGGAUCCAGCACGUGUCCCUUCAGUGUGUCGGCGAGGGCGAUUCACUGGCUGGGUUACAUUGUGUCUGUCAUUGUGUAUACGUCUUACUCUGCCACCCUGGUUUCGCAUCUGGCGGUGGAGCAGCCGGCGCCCUUGCCCUUCACUGACCUGCGGGGGCUGUCCAGGCAGUCAGGGUGGGACGCAGGGUGCAACAAGAACGACCUCUUCCAAGUGACGGCCUCGCAAACAUGUGUGGGCUCCCAGAACGAUGAGUGCCGCGUGCUGCUGGAGGCGUGGCAGAAGGCGGUGCUCCGGUCCCCAGACAACCUAGUGAAUUCCUACAGUGAGGGCCUGCAGAAGGUCUUGAAAGGUAAAUACGUGUUCAUCGGCGUGGACAUCUACACUAACUACUACAUAAGGAACCUUCCCCCUGAGGACUCGUGCAGGAUCAAGGUGCUGCCACGGCGGUACAUCACAGGGGGCAGCGGCAUUGGUCUGCAGAAGCACUCACCCUUCAGGAGAAUCUUUGACCACAGUCUUCAGAAAAUGCGUGAGUCAGGAUUGAUGGAGAACCUGAGGAACAAGUGGCUGUCAGCGGGAGCCAAGACAUGCAGCAGAAAGACUGUCAUCAACGCAGGCUUCUCUGACGUGGCGGCCAUUUUCAUCUUGCUGGGGGGAGGCGCGGUGCUCAGCUGUCUCCUGCUGGUGCUGGAGUGUGCGGUGGUGGCGUACACUGGCGGCCACAAGUUUUACAGCUCGCAGAAGGCACAGACGGGGCAUUCUGAAGUUGAAGUAGAUAACAGCAUUACUAAUGAUAUUAAUAGUCAUGCAUUAACGUAUCAACCACUAUGAGAACACAUUAAUGCCACGGCGAAGUACACGUGUUUGUUCAGUACGACGCCUCACUCACUUCCAUUGUUUUGAGUUUUUCCCUCAAGUCUUGGAUACGUUGAUCUGCUGACAGUCUUCUAAAACCUGACAACUGAUAGAUUAUUGGCAGAUCAGAGGCCUUGAGGUUGAGAGAAGACCAAGGAAGACGCUAACAGUGGAAGUAAAGUCAGUAUUCUUGAACGCUUUGACGUCUUACCAAUCCUCAACAGCUUCUAGUGCAAGAAGAUACCGAAAUUUUCAGCAGGUGUUUUCAGAUUUCUAUCGCUAGUUUAACAAGGAUUUUGCAUUACUAAUAGAAAAAUGCCCAUGAAAACCUGACUAGAUACCUCAAUGGCCUCUGAAAAUAGUCCUGUUGAGAGAUCAAAGCGUUUAAGAGUGCGGGUGUAUGACAGUGUGGCAGGUUUCUUCUGAAAUACACGACCGUCGUCACUCGUCACACUCUUAACAGCUGUUACUCUCAGUCCACUGCGGCGCUCUGAAGUUAUUCGUUCUUUUUUUUUUUUUUUAUGUAGGAAGGACACUGGCCAAGGGCAACAAAAAUCUAAUAAAAAAAAUGCCCACUGAAAUGCCAGUCCCAUAAAAGGGUCAAAGCAGUGGUCAAAAAUUGAGGAAUAUGUGUCUUGAAACCUCCCUCUUGAAGGAAUUCAAGUCAUAGGAAGGUGGAAAUACAGAAGCAGGCAGGGAGUUCCAGAGUUUACCAGAGAAAGGGAUGAAUGAUUGAGAAUACUGGUUAACUGUUACGUUAGAGAGGUGGACAGAAUAGGGGUGAGAGAAAGAAGAAAGUCUUGUGCAGCGAGGCCGCGGGAGGAGGGGAGGCAUGCAGUUAGCAAGACCAGAAGAGCAGUUAGCAUAAAAAUAGCGGUAGAAGACAGCUAGAUAUGCAACAUUGCGGCGGUGAGAGAGAGGCUGAAAACAGUCAGUUAGAGGAGAGGAGUUGAUGAGACGAAAAGCUUUUGAUUCCACCCUGUCUAGAAGAACAGUAUGAGUGGAACCCCUCCAGACAUGUGAAGCAUACUCCAUACAUGGACGGAUAAGGCCCUUGUACAGAGUUAGCAGUUAUGCAGCAGAGUCAUUUGUUAUGGUUAGUUUGUCAGGUCUGCAGGCGGUGAAUGUGUCUGUUUACCUGGUUAUUACGUUUUACGUGAAUUAAUUCCUUUCCGUCCUCAUUCUGGUCGAAGCCAAAACGAAGCCUUGCUGGUCUGACACUUUCGUACGUCCGCCAGUGAGGUGAUACAGUCAUUGAGAGGCUAUAUCUUGUAUGUACACACACAAAAAAUACAUCAAUAAAACUUCCAGCAAAAUAAAUGUAAACAUGUA